AGAAGAAGGCGGAGAAGAAGGGCGGCGGCGGCGGCGGCGGCAAGAAGGGCAAAGGCGGCAAAGGGCCGGCGGUGGUGGACGCGCUGCCCCCCGACGGCAUGUCCAAGGAGCAGCUGGAGGAGCACAUGGGCCGCAUCCGGGAGGAGCUGGACCGCGAGCGCGAGGAGCGCAACUACUUCCAGCUGGAGCGCGACAAGAUCCACACUUUCUGGGAAAUCACCCGGCGGCAGCUGGACGAGAAGAAGGCCGAGCUGCGCAACAAGGACCGGGAGAUGGAGGAGGCCGAGGAGCGGCACCAGGUGGAGAUCAAGGUGUACAAGCAAAAGGUGAAGCACCUGCUCUACGAGCACCAGAACAACCUGACGGAGCUGAAGGCCGAGGGCACCGUGGCCAUGAAGCUGGCGCAGAAGGACCACCGGUCCCAGGAGACGGAGCUGCGCAAAGACAUGCGCACCCUGAAGGUGGAGCUGAAGGAGCAGGAGCUGGCCAACGAGAUGGUGGUGAAGAACCUCCGCCUGAAACAGCAAGAAGACCUGACGCAUCUUCGAAAUGACUUUGAGAGACAAGUGAAAGAGAUUGAGGCCAAGUACGAAGGAAAAAUAAAAAUCCGCAGGGGGGUUCCAUGAGGAAAUGGGCCAAAGAACAGACGAGAGCUUUGCCUUGUUCUGUCGUCCUGUCACGGCUGGGCCUUUUCUAUGUUCCCGUGUGAUCUGAAUGGAGCAGGAAGCAUUGGAGGGGAAGUGGCGACUGCUGGCCUUGAAGGUCUGAGAUGCUCCCCCCUCCUCCAAUCCCCUGGAGCACAGGAGCAGAUGGAGGAGAUGAAGAAGAAAGAGGACCACCUGGAGAAGGAAAUGGCGGAGGUGCUCUUGGAGAACAAGAGGUUGGCAGAGCCGCUGCAGCGAGCCCGGGAUGAGGUCUCUGAGCUGCAGAGGAAGCUGGCUCACUACGAGAAAGACAAGGCCAUCUUGGCAAGUAUUCGGGCCCGGCUGAAAGUCACCGAGAAAGACCUGAAGGAUCUCCAGUGGGAGCACGAAGUGCUGCAGCAAAGAUUCAUCAAGGUUCAGGAGGAGCGGGAUGACCUGUACCAGAAGUUCACCAAAGCCAUUAAUGAGGUACAGCAGAAAACGGGCUUCAAGAACCUGCUGCUGGAGCGGAAGCUGAUUGGCCUCGCCAACCUUCUGGAGAAGAAGGAGGUGCAGCUGAACGAGGUCUUGGCGGCCUCCAAUCUCGAUCCCAGCGCUCUCAGGGUGGUCACCCACAAGCUGGAGGAUGUGCUGGACUCCAAAAACAACGCUAUCAAAGACCUGCAGUACGAACUGGCCAGGGUCUGCAAGGCACACAACGAUUUGCUGCAAACCUAUGAGGCGAAGCUGGUCUCCUUUGGGAUCCCCUUGGACAACCUGGGCUUCAAACCCCUGGAGACCUCCCUGCUUGGACACACCCUCGGCCAGGGCCCUGCAGGAUUCGUCUCGACGCCCACAUAGCAGAGCUGGGAAAUCCUCCUCUGAAGCCGAGCCCAGCCAAGGCUCCUGGGGCUCCUGGGGGCCAGUGGGGGGAGCGGCCCACCCAAAACAGAGACUGGGCUCUCCUGCAGGCCUUUUGUAUUAAAGCCUUAAGGGGCCUUUUUGUAAAUGG